AUGGAGGACGGGCGCGAGCUGGACCUCACCUACGUCACUGAGCGCAUCAUCGCCGUGUCCUUCCCCGCCGGCUGCUCCGAGGAGGCCUACCUGCACAGCCUGCAGGAGGUGACGCGCAUGCUGCAGUCCAAGCACGGCGACAACUACCUGGUGCUGAACCUCUCGGAAAAGAGAUACGACCUCGCCCGGCUCAACCGGAAGGUGCUGGACGUGGGCUGGCCCGAGCUGCACGCGCCGCCCCUGGACAAGGUGUGCGCCAUCUGCAAGGCGCAGGAGUCCUGGCUGCUCAGCGACCCGCAGCACGUGGUGGUCAUCCACUGCCGGGGCGGGAAGGGGCGCAUCGGCGUGGUGAUCGCCUGCUACAUGCACUUCACCAACGUCUCCGCCAGCGCCGACCAGGCCCUGGACAGGUUCGCCAUGAAGAAGUACUACGACGACAAGGUCUCGGCCCUGAUGCAGCCCUCCCAGAGGCGGUACGUCCAGUUCCUCAGCGGGCUGUUGUCAGGGACGGUGAAGAUGAACGCCUCGCCCCUCUUCCUGCAUUUCGUCAUCCUGCACGGCACCCCCAACUUCGACACUGGCGGGGUGUGCCGGCCCUUCCUGAAGCUCUACCAGGCCAUGCAGCCCGUCUACACCUCGGGGAUCUACAACGUGGGCCCCGAAAACCCGAGUCGCAUCUACAUCGCCAUCGAGCCGGCCCAGCUCCUGAAGGGGGACGUCAUGGUGAAGUGCUACCACAAGAAGCACCGCUCGGCCACGCGGGACGUCAUCUUCCGCCUGCAGUUCCACACGGGCGCAGUGCAGGGCUACGGCCUGGUGUUCGGCAAGCAGGACCUGGACAGCGCCUGCCAGGAUGACCGCUUCCCCGCCAGCGGGAAGAUCGAGCUCCUGUUCUCCGCGUCCCCCGAGAGGAUCCAAGGCUGUGAGCUCUUCCGCAGCGACCGCGGCGUGAGCGUGGACUUCAACACGGCCGACCCCCUGAUCCGCUGGGACUCGUACGAGAACCUGGGCGCCGACGCGGAAGUGCUGCACACGCAGGGCCCCGUGGACGGCAGCCUGUACGCCAAGGUGCGGAGGAAAAGCGCCCCGGACCCCGGCGCCCCCGCCGGCAGCCCCGACCACAGCGACCACGCCCUGUCGGUGAGCAGCGACUCGGGCCACUCCACGGCCUCGGCGCGGACCGAGGAGCCCCCGGCCCCGGGCCCGCGGGGUCUGAGCCCCCAGGAGAAGGCCGAGCUGGACCAGCUGCUCAGCGGCUUCGGCCUAGAGGACCCCAGCACCCCCCUCCGGGACAUGACCGAUGCCGGCGGCAAGGUCGGCGGGAUGCGCCACGUCGUGCCGGCCCAGGUCCACGUGAACGGGGACGCCACGCCGAAGGACCGGGAGACCGACAUCCUGGACGACGAGGUGCCCGGCCACGACCUGCGCAGCGCGGGCAGCGUGGGCACCCUGUCCUCCUCGGAGGGGCACCCCUUCGCCGGCCGCCAGAGCAGCCGCCACUCGCUCUUGUCGGACGGGCUUGGCAGCGGCGCCGGGGAGGACCCGCACGGCGCCCCCGGCGCGGACCUGGGCCUGGGCAGGGCGCCCCCGUGCGGGCGGGCGGGCUGUGAGCCCCAGCGGCCGCAGCCUGAGCUCCGGGCGCCCUGUGCGCUGGCCCAGGCGCAGGCCUACGCGCCGGGCGGCUACUCCACGCAGACCUGGGUGCGCCAGCAGCAGAUGGUGGCCACCCACCAGUACAGCUUCGCGCCCGGGGAGGCCCGGCUCGUCGCCCGCGGCACGGCGGACAGCGCCCGCGUGGCACAGGCCCCGCCGGUGCUCCCGGCCGCCCCCGCCCGGGGGGCCGGCGGCAGAGUGGCCAUGGGCUCCGGACCUCACCCCCCUGACACCCAGCGGCCCGCCCCUGGCAAAGCCCGGCUCCCGGGCAUCGGCGUGGUGAACGGGACCAGCCCGGAGCCCAGCCUGGACCCCACCCCCGGCUCCCCCACCCUGGACAUCGACCAUUCCAUCGAGCAGCUCAACAGGCUGAUCCUGGAGCUGGACCCCACCUUCGAGCCCCUCCCCACCCACUUGAACAAGCUGGGCGGCCAGGCCAGCAGCCCCUCGGCCCCCGGCGGCGUCGGGGGCGGGCCCCGGGCCAGCGGCCGCCUGCAGGACCGCGGAGAGGACGCCGGCAGGGCCCCCGGGCCGCAAGGUUCCCCGGGGGACGAGCUGCUGCGCAGAAGGUUCCGGAAGCCGAGCCUCGGGCAGUACGACAACCACAUGGGAGGGCCGGCCUUCCCUCAGUGCGGGUGGGAGACCCCACCUUUCCUGUCGCCCGCCGAUGCCAAGGAGACGGGAACCCCCGACGAGGGGGCGGUCGACGGCAGGGCCUUCUCUCCGAGCAAGACCGGCAGCGGCUGCGGGUCGCCCGCCCCGGCGUUUCCCCCGUCUCCCCCGCCGACACCAUAUGUGACCUCGCCCCCGCACCACCCCGCCUUCAGCCCGCCCGGGCCCCCGACCGGCAGCGCCAGCGGCCUGUGCCGAGCGGCUCACGAGGCCCUGGCCCGCUCCGUGGGCAUGUCCGAGAGCCCCGAGGGACCCAGAGCCGCCGCUCCGCCCCUCCCGUGGGCCCUCGCCGCCUGCACCGCCGCCGGCAGCCCCGGUGCCGGGAGGGCCAGCCCCCUGUCUGCCGAGCACCCGUGGGUGGACACCGGCCCCAAGCCCAUGCCCGCCCCGCCCGGGAGCAGCCGGCCCCCCAGAAGCCUGCUGGGCCCCAGCGAGCUCCCAGGCCCCGGCCCCGGGCGGCCCCACCUCCCGCCCGCCGAGCCCCCCGCCCUCCGCGGCCACGCGCUGGCCGAGCCCCCCGAGGCGCUGGACCCCCCGAGCAGCCCCGCCUUCCUGGGCUCCGGCGCAGCCCCCAGGGGAGGCGGCCUGCCCCCUGCCCAGGCCCCGGGCGCCCUGCGGGCAGCUGCGGCGACUGCGGACAAUGGCUUCCUGCCCCCCUUCCUCCCGGGGGGGCACGGCUACGGCCCCCUGACCGGGCAGCCGCCGCUCCCCGAGAAGAAGCGGGCCUCGGAGGGCGACCACUCCCUCGGCUCCAUCUCCCCCACCUCCAGCGGCUUCUCCAGCCCCCACAGCGGGAGCACCAUGAGCAUCCCCUUCCCCAGCGUGCUCCCCGACUUCUCCAAGCCCCCCGAGGCGGCUCCUGCUCCGGAGGACCCGGGUGAGAAGCAGGUGACGGUGAGCUUUGUGCAGGACACCUCCAAGUUCUGGUACAAGGCGGACAUCUCCAGGGAGCAAGCCAUCGCCAUGCUGAGGGACAAGGAGCCCGGCUCCUUCGUCGUGCGGGACAGUCACUCCUUCCGCGGCGCCUACGGCCUGGCCAUGAAGGUGGCCGCGCCCCCGCCCUCCGUCCUGCAGCUGCACAGGAAAGCCGGGGACCUGGCCAGCGAGCUGGUCCGGCACUUCCUGGUCGAGUGCACCCCGAAGGGCGUGCGGCUCAAGGGCUGCCCCAGCGAGCCCUUCUUCGGGAGCCUGACGGCCCUGGUGUGCCAGCACUCCAUCACGCCCCUGGCGCUGCCCUGCAAGCUGCUCAUCCCCGACCGAGACCCGCUGGAGGAAGUAACGGACAGCCCGCCCCAGACGGCGGCCAACUCCGCGGCCGAGCUGCUGAAGCAGGGCGCAGCCUGCAACGUGUGGUACCUGAGCUCCACGGAGAUGGAGUCGCUCACAGGCCCGCAGGCCGUGCAGAAGGCCCUGAGCGCCGCGCUGGCCCAGCAGCCGCCGCCCCUGUCCACCGUGGUGCACUUCAAGGUGUCGGCCCAGGGCAUCACGCUGACCGACAACCAGCGGAAGCUCUUCUUCCGGAGGCACUACCCCGUGAGCAGCGUCAUCUUCUGUGCGCUGGACCCGCAGGACAGGAGGUGGGUCGCGGACGGCCAGGAGUGCAGAGUCUUCGGGCUUGUGGCCCGGAAGCAAGGCAGCGCCACGGACAACGUGUGCCACCUGUUCGCCGAGCACGACCCUGAGCAGCCCGCCAGCGCCAUCGCCAACUUCGUGUCCAAGGUCAUGAUCGGCUCCCCGCGGAGGAUCUGA